AUGGCCCCCAAGGUUGUCGACGUCUUGAUCGUUGGAGGUGGGCCAGCAGGGUUGACCGUCGCUAGCACUGUGUCACGCCAGCUGCAGACCGGAAUUCUGUUUGACUCGGGCGUCUACCGCAACGCACGCGCGCACCACCUGUACGGCGUCUUAGGAUUCGACCAUAUUUCUCCGGAGACGUUUCGGAUGAAGUCCAAGGGCGAGAUACUGAGACGCUACGACACGAUCGAGUUCAAGAGGGCGUACAUCGAAGGAAUCAAGAAGCUGGAGAAUGGCAACUUCCAAGCCACGGACGGGUGGGCCAACGUUUACGAGGGGAGAAAAGUGGUGCUUGCUACCGGGGUGAAGGACGUUCUCCCCCAGCUCGAGGGGUUGGAUUUCUGCUGGGGCCGAGGAGUGUUUCCUGAUCUUUUGUGCCACGGAUAUGAAGACCAAGGCGGAUCGGCCGGUUUAUUUGCCUUUGCCAUGUUCGACAACGUAGAAGCUGUUUCUGAGAUCGGGAACAUGGCGCUGCAACUCUCAAAGAACCUGCGGAUCUACACAAAUGGCGACGAGGAAUUCGCGUCCAAAGUCCAAGCCAAUGCCUGGAGACCAGAUUUUGAGUCGAGAAUUACCAUCGAAAAUCGGCGCAUCAGGAGUCUUAGAAUGCUGUCAGAUGAUUCCUCGCAACUCCUCGUGACACUGGACGAUGGCACACAAUUUGAAGAGUCCUAUGUGGUUUACCAUCCGCCUAUUGAGCUCAAUGGUCCCUUUGCAAAGCAGCUCGGCCUCGAGAUGGGUACGCAGGGAGAGAUCAAAGUCAGCCUACCUUUCAGCGAGACCAGCGUGUCCGGUGUGUUCGCUUGUGGAGACGCAGCGUCGCAGACACGGAUCGUGCCGAAUGCGCUCUAUGGCGGUUCUCUAGCUGGCCGUGGUUUGAUUGCACAGUUGCAAGCGGAGAAAGCGACAACAAAGUGA